AUGCUGGUGCUCCUAAAGGGCCUCCUGAUAGGGUAUUUCGAAUUCGCUGAUGUAGUUUCGAAGCUAGUUUUGGCUGCAGAAGCCCAUACGAGAGACGUGGCAGUGGGAGCUCAAGCCGAGAACAAAAACCACCUCGCAGCAAGAGGAGCUCAAGAAGGAGGCCCAUUACGAGGGACCGAAGAUCACCACAAGCAGGUCCAGAAACGAGACGACGCAGUAGUCACUUACCAAAACGGAGGUCACCAAGCAGUCGACGCUCCGCAACAAGAUUACCGAGGAGAGCGAGAAGCUGAAAAAGGAGGUCACCAUCGGGGGGACAAAAUUCCUGCUGAGCGACGCCAACAGGGAAUUAUAUGUGGUGUUCCAAGCGGCGGAGCCGAGAAUAUGGAGCAUUACAUCCCUGAUCAAGUCGGCUUUGCACGCACCGCGCUGGCGAGGAACCUUGCUACAAAUGUAACCGUUACAGCUCUAUCGGGAGAAAAUUUAACAACGGAAGACCACGACAGCUUGCAUGACGAAAUUUCCACGCAGGGUGCUGGAUGCCAGUUUUUUGCUUCACAAGUGGACGCUUAUGUAACGUGGGUCCAAGGACGUCUAGUUUUGCAACACGAUCCAAGGAACAAGAACUACAAUUCGGAUGCUUCUAAUAUGAGUUCUAUCACCAAAAAACCACAGAAAAAUGAAACACCAACUACAUCAUGGAAGGGUCUUGCUAUUCCUCUCGACGCCGGGGUCGAUGUAGCAAAUGUCACAGUCAACCAACCAAUUAAUCAGUCAGUGAAUCAAUCGAGCACACUUCCACUAGCGCCAGGAAUAUUGAUAAGCACGACAGGAAGAACAGUGGCCCCGAAAUGGGAGGAACUUUCUGCGGCAGAUCGGCACCGCUUUGGGAACGCGCUACGUUUUAUUUCGCAGUCUGCGCCCUCGUACGGCCUACAACCCCGUCCUUACGUGGCUCACAAGGAAAAGUUUGUGGAGAGCCUCUGGGUGCAUUGGCUGCUCAGCCAACACAGCACUUGCAAUGCGACUUUUUCUGGACGAUCAUCAGACGUCUUUAUAAAGAAGGAACAGCAACAAGACGACUGCCAAAAUAGCACCCUGCUUAAUUCAUGGUCAUCCUUUGCGAAGGAUUACCUUCCAACGAUCGGCGUUCCAGAGACCUACAGCACAGGUAACGCCUCCCAGCGUAAUUACAUUUUUGGCAGUGCCGCAACGAAUCACUCGAUGAUAAAGUGCGACAGAGAGAAUAAGACCGAAAACACCGAGUGGGUCAUAAAAAAGCGUGGGCAAUGGAAUGCAGGGAUUAUGGUGCCCGCUACGCAUUUCGAGUUACGCUCUUCACUGCUCGUAAGAUGGGAAAACAGCUUUUGCAACCGGAGUGUAAGGAUUUUACACCGUAAAGUGUGGAGCGAAGAGGCAGAAGUAUGGGAGAAUCGACGAGCCUCUAUCAUGCAGAGAUUUGUGUCGCCGGUAUUAGUUUGGCGGGAUC